AUGGACCCGAGCGUCGAUCCGUGCGAGGAUUUCCACGAGUUUGCCUGCGGAAGGUGGAAUCAGCGUCAAAGUGCUCAACUACUUCAGACUCGCACGUUCGAGCUGAAGCAACAGAUUCUCGACGCCCUUUAUCACCAAGACAAGUCGGAAUCUUCGGCGAUGGAGACGGCCCGGAAAUUCGUUGAUGUUUGCCAGAAUUUGGAUACCAGGCAGCUGGACAAAGACAUCCAAAACUACGCAAAGCGCCUUGGAACCGUCCCAAUCAUCGGUCAAACGCUGGAAAAUGGAAGAGAGAUGCCCAGCAUCCUCGACUCGCUCGAGUUGACGGCCCGUUAUGUCUACGAGAGAUAUACGUACCGGGGCAACAUUCGUACAAAUCACCAGCCGCUGGCCCUGAUCAUGACGUUGGAGCCGAAAUUUACGUUUUGGGGCCGUUGGAACGAUUGGCCAAGGUUUGACGACAGUCGUCCUCCAUAUAACAAUUGUCGUCAUUUUCCGCUCUCAAAAAUCUACCAAGAAGCGGACCGAUACGUGCUCCAAGAUUUCCUGUUCAUCAACUGGAUUCGCGGGCUGAAGAAUGCGAUGGACACUCGAUUCAAGUUACUUUGCCGGGAUCGGUUUGUCGCCCAUUUCUACAAAAUUGCCGACUACCUACUGAUCAAAUACCUCAGAAAUAACAAGAAUCUCUUGCCGGAAGUGAAGGCGAUGGCCGAGAAUGUGCGCCGCUUCUUCCACCAAAUCCUGGAUGUAAACACGUGGCUACACGAGAAGACCAAGGCCAAGCUCAAGCAGCAGCUCGACAACGUUGAAGCCCUGAUCGGCUACGGGUCGAACGCGCUGAACCUGACGUUCAUCGACGAGCUGUAUGAAAUGGUGACCGUGCCCCAGAAUCCGACCUCCGUCGAGUUGUUCCAGUUUGAGGAGCAGAUCACGUGGAAUAGCAUGGAUUUGGACGUUGGCGACUCGUUCGACAUUGGACGCUACACGGUGGCCCAGCUUAACGCAUGGAAUUGGCUGGGGACGGCUAUCAAAAUCCCCAUCGGCUACCUCGAGCCCCCGUUUUUCGACCCCGACUGGCCGCUCGAGUUCAACUACGGCCUCAUGGGCGCGACGAUCGGCCAUGAGUUCACGCACAGUUUUGAUGAGCAAGUCGAACUGCCAGCCGAAAACGUCGGCAACGACACGAACGAGUUUCUGGAAAAGCGCCAGUGUCUCGUCGACCAAUUUGGGGCCGUCCUCUACCCCAAUGAGCGUUUGAACAUCUCACUCAAGGGCGACGGGCUGGCACAGGUCAAAGAGACGCUGGCGGACAAUAAUGGGCAUCGUGUGGCUUGGCUGGCCUACCACGACGAGCGUCAGAAGCGCUACGGUAGAAACCCACCAAAGCUUCCCGGGCUUUUGGAGUACACCAACGAUCAAAUAUUCUUUUUGGCGAACGCUCAGAAACAGUGUGGCCGCCUUCCCGUAGUAUCUCCAGACAGCAAGUGGAUGCAGUUUGUUCAUCCGGUGACGCGUGUCCGUAUCAACGAGCGCGUCAAGAACUACGAGUUCUUUGCGACGACGUUUAAGUGCAAGCUGAACUCGACGAUGAACCCGGAGAAGAAGUGCAAGGUGUGGCGCCGUCUGCGUCGUCAC